UAAAUGAAGAUGAACAGCCCAGAUCGUCACAUAGACCGCUCACAGUCGCACCGCGAAGAAGAGGCAGCACAAUGGAGGAAACACUAGCGGAGCUGGAGCGAGUCCAAACUCAAAUACUGGAACGAAUAUCAAAAUUGGAGCACACUUACCUUCCACAAAACGACGCCGUCUCUGCACCGCAUCCUGAGCCAAUUUCAAUCUGCGACACCGAAGCUCGCCUCUCGAACAUUCUUCAAUCGAAUGGCGUGAACGAGUUUUUAUUCAAGAAAGUCCCGGCUGAUUACUACGACUGCCCUCUCGAAUCACGAAGAGACAUCCUUGGUGCGGCUUCCAUUGAUCAUCUUUGCAAAAGCAUCGUCUUGGUUAAUACACAAGCGCAGUCCAAUGUCGUUGAUUGUAGUGACCGCAACAAUUCGAAGUAUUAUGUAGUGGUUGUUCAGUAUACUGCUCGAUUUAAUGCUGAAACUGUCAAGAAUUUUUUGUACACGCUCAACCAUGCCAAGAUACCAAAAAAGAAAUUUAACUUGAGGCUUGCUCCUGAGGAGACCUCGGUGAAUUUGACUGGAUAUGAGCACAAUGCGGUAACAUGUAUUGGCAUGAGAACAGAUAUUCCGGUGGUCUUGGAUGAAGCAAUUGUAAAACUUAAUCUUGAUUUCUUCUGGUUGGGUGGCGGAGAGGUUGAUCUGAAGUUGGGAAUUAAGACCUCCGAAUUUAUCAACUUUGUCAGACCUUUCAUUGUUAGUUGCAGUUGAACAAAAUCAAACAAGUGCACCUACUGCAGAAGAUAGAAAAGCUUGAAAUGUUAGAAGAGAAGAAAAAAUCAUUUUGCAUAUUUCAAUUGAUGGUGCCUUCUCUCUCUAUCUGGCGUAAGAGGUAGGCCUGGGGAGAUUGCAAUAUAUUUAAAAUUUGUUGCUUAUAUUUUUUAUAGUCGAUUGUCGUUGAUGGCAUAGCUAGAAAAGAUAGCUAUCACAAUUUUAUCUAUAGUAGAGAAGUUAAAAUUCGAGCAAAAGUCUAUGGAUGACUCUUUUCGGAAGGAUUUGUUUCUUGUUGCUUCCUUUCCAACGAAGGCCUUGCAACAUAUUUUUGACUUCAAAUUUUAAGCGAGCAAGUUUUGAGUAAUUACUCUUAACAA